AUGAAAUUCAUCAUUGUCUUAGCUGCUUUGCUCGCAUGCGUCUUCGCACGCCCACAAGGAGAUGCUGAAACCCUCAGACAAGAAUUCGACAACAUCGGCGUUGAUGGAUACUCAUUCGCUUUCGAAACCAGCAACGGAAUCAAAAGAGAAGAAUCCGCUGUCGUAAACAACUUGGGAUCUGACCACGAAUCCAUUGCCAUCAAGGGACAAUACGAAUUCGUUGCUGAUGACGGUCAAACCUACACCCUCGAAUUCGUCGCUGACGAAAACGGUUUCCAACCAUCAGGUUCACAUUUGCCAAAAGCCUAAAUUAUGAACUAAAUUCUGUCAACAACUAUAC